ACAAAACCUUAUUGUUGCGUAUUUGACCGUUCGAAGCAACAAGGAACGUUCUGUUUCCUUUUACUUGUUAAAAGAAAAAACAUCAGAUUAUAUAAAUCAGAUACAUAGAACAUAAGUUGUAAGAUUAUGAUCAAUUUAUGUGUUUUUAGUCUCAUCAAUUUAUCAAGAGAGCUAACUAUUUUAAAGAAUUCUCAAAGAACUAUUUUAAAGAAUUCUCAAAGAAUCUUCAUAAACCAAAAAGGAAAGAAACAAUGUCAAUGGAGAUCGACCCAUCUACUAAGAUCAAAUCCGCCGCGACUUCCUCACUUCCGGAGAAAAUCCAUCUUCGACCAAUGACUCUCUCCGACAUCGACGACUUCAUGGUUUGGGCCACUGACUCAAAGGUCACGCGCUAUUGCACGUGGGAGCCUCACACGAGCAAAGAAGCCGCGAUCUCAUACUUAAACAACGUCUUGUUGCCACACCCUUGGCUCAGAGCUAUCUGCUUAGAAAACGACCGUCCGAUCGGCUCGAUCUCCGUCACGCCAGUCGAUGAGAUCAGAGGAGAGAUAGGUUAUCUCAUCGGGAGCAAGUAUUGGGGGAAAGGGAUCGCGACGGAGGCUGUGAGGCUUGUGGCGGCGGAGAUAUUCAAGGACAAGCCGGAGAUGGAGAGGCUUGAAGCACUUGUCGACGUUGAUAAUGUCGGAUCUCAAAAGGUUCUUGAAAAAGUUGGGUUUGUGAGAGAAGGGGUGAUGAGGAAAUUUAUGUAUCUAAAAGGAAACGUUAGAGAUAUGGUCAUGUUUAGUUUAUUGCCUUCUGAUUCUUUGCACUGAUCAUGACCUGAAUUGCAUCAACAAAUAUCAAUCACAUCAGAUUUGUAUAGAUGAUAUAUUGUAUUUUGCUUUAGUUUGUAUAAAUCACAUGUUAUAAGUUGAUGUGAUGCUCUGUUUCCCCUUCUUCUCAUGUUGUACGUAGUAACCUUAUUUACUA